CACCCCCGGCGACCAUGGCCCUGCCCACCCAGCCCUCGUCCCACCGCCCUCAGCCCGCCUCAUCGGCUCCGACCGACACCAUGACGAGCCGCCUCGACGUGAUCAACUCGGCUGCAGGCCGCAUCCUCUGCGUCGCAGACAUCCGAGGCGCCCUCUCGAACCUCAACGCGCUCGCGGCCGAGCACUCGGCGGUCGCCAUCAUCCACAGCGGCGACUUUGGCUUCUUCGAGUCGUCGUCCCUGUCGACCAUGUCGGACCGCACGCUCAAGCACCUCGUCCAGUACUCGUCCCUCAUCAGCCCCCAGUUCCGCGCCCAGCUCCUGUCGCCCAACACGACGGCAGCGCACAUGCGCGAGCUCAUCGCCAACCCGCCCAAGAACGCCUACCCGGCCUCGUCCGACUUUCCCGCGUUCGCCCUGAGCGAGUUCCCCAAGCUCCUGUCGGGCGAGAUCAAGCUCAACGUGCCCGUCUACACCGUGUGGGGCGCGUGCGAGGACGUCGCCAUCCUCGAAAAGAUCCGCCUCGCUCCGCUCUCGCCCCUGUCGAUCCCGGUCGACCCGUCCAAGGCCGCACCGACCCCGCCGACGGCGUCGACUCGCCCGACCUCGACCUCGGCCUCGCCCGCGUCGUACUCGAUCCCGAACCUGACAGUCCUCGACGAGGCGACGACCCGGGUCCUCCUCAUCGGCGGCGUGCGGCUGCGCCUGUUCGGCCUCGGCGGCGCCGUCGUGCCGCACAAGCUGUUCGACAACGGCGCGGGCAUUGCGACUAUCGCUGGUGGGCAGGGCACGAUGUGGACGACAAUGCUGCAGGUCGGAGAGCUCGUCGACACGGCCCAGAAGGUGUAUGACCCGUCCGAGACUCGCCUGCUCGUCACGCACGCGUCGCCCGGGCGCGAGGGCCUCAUCUCCCAGCUCGCGCUCGUCCUCAAGGCCGACCUGACCGUCUCGGCCGGGCUCCACUUCCGGUACGGCGUGUCGUACAACGAGUUCUCGGUGCAGCACGACCCGGACGCGUUCAAGGUCAAGCUCGAGGCGAGCAAGACGGCGUUCAACAAGGUGUGGGAGUCGGUCAGGAGCCAGGUCGAGGGCGUCGUCGACGACAACCAGCGGUCGCUCCUCCAGAACGCGCUCGCCGUCGCCAACCGCAUCCCGUCCGACAACCUCGUCUCGGGCGGCGCCGCCAUCGAGGAGACGGCGUGGAAGAACUGCUGGAACUGGAACCUGCCCGACGUCGCGUUCGGCAGCCUCGUGCUCGACAUCCGCGACGGCAGGAUCGGGAGCGAGACCAAGAGCCAGGGCUUCAACUUUGCCUACCGCCAGAGCGCCCCUCGUCCUCCCACCUCGACCUCGUCCGCCCUCGCACCCGUCCGCUCCGCCUCCCCCGCUCCCCAGGCCGCCGCCAUUCGCCAGCCGACCGGCCCCGGCUCGGCAAGCGCCUCCCCCGCACCGGGCUCGACCUCGGCCGCCGCAGCGUCCACCGCCGCGAACGCCAACGCCGGCGCGAGCGCGGGCGCAGCGCCGCCCCCCUCGGGCACGCCCUUCUCCGGCGCGCCGAGGGACGGCUUUGCCGGCGCCAACGGCGCCGUCGGCCGUCCGACGCCGUCCGGGCCUGCAGCUGCGGGCGCGAUCGGCAACCACCCUCGCGGCGGCAGCGGCGGCGCGUCGGGCGGUCUGCGCGGUGGUGCGGGCGGGCGCGGCGGGUUCGCGUCGGCGCCCGGCGGGUGGGGUCACGGUGGUGCGCAGCCGGUGAGCGCUUCGGGCGUGGUCGGUGGCGGUGCACAGGGGCAGCAGGGGCAGCAGGACGCGAGGACGCCGCGUGCGCCGCACCAGAACCAGGGCCAGGGGGGCCAGGGCCAGGGGACGCAGUCGCAGCGUGCGCCUCGUGGGCAGGCGCCGCACCAGAUCCAGCAGCAGCAGCAGGCCCAGCAGCAGCAGCAGCAGCAGCAGCAGGCCCAGCAGCAGUCGUCGACGCCGGCGCCAGCCACCGCCGCGACCGCCGUCGACGCCUCGGGCGCGCCCUCGGUCCCGGUCGCGUCGGCCAAGAAGGCCGACGCGUCGUCGGCGACCGCCGGCGAUGCAGCAGGCGACGAGCCGGCCUCGCCGUCGACGCCGACGGGCGAGGGCACGCCGGGUGCGGGCGGGCGCGGCGGCAAGGCGCGCCGCGAGCGCGGGCCUGGACGCGCCAAGGGACGCUCGAACGGUGACUGGACGAGGGCGGCGAGUGGGAACGAGGGCGGCAAGACUGAGGGCGGCAAGGAGGAGGGGAGGGGAGGUGCGCGCGGGCAGGGGAAGAAGCAGGGCGGCGGCGGCGGUGGGGGCGCGCCCAAGGGCGAGGGCGGCGAGGGCAAGAGCGCUCCUGCGCCGUCGGGUGGCGAGGCGUGA